AUCCAAACAAAUGCCCUGACAAAUCAAACACAUGCACCGCAUUCGCUUCUCCACUGCAUACGACUCGUUUCCUCUUUUCCACGAGACUUGAGACGUUUGCUACACGACAACUCGGCCUGACAAACAGGCAGGCACGGAACAAUUGGUCGCCUUGUGUGAGAAACAGGACGACGCGGAUCAUCAAGGUGUCUUGUCUCUUCUACGACACUUUCUCUGGACAAGUCCAACAUGCCCAUGCAGUAAAUCCUGAAACGACAAGAGUUUGUGUGUCAUGGCAUCACCAUACCCAGCACUGGACAUGGAAGAGGUGGAACAGAGAUCGUCUCCCCUCGCAGGACCAGGAACAACACGAGCAAAUCGACGACUACAAUUAAGAAAGAAGGGCUUCCAAGGACGCGUCUUGCCCAAUCGCAACAUCACACCCAAGCGAAAGACUUCUGAAGCAUGGUCGUCGCCCGUCCAGCAACAUGACACACCCACAUCCGAUCUACCGCAAGCAGAGUCGAGCAGGAUAGACCUAAGCACGAGAGGGAGAUCGUCCAGCAUACUACAGGAAGUCAGCAACUCAAGUCUGCGACGGAAAGACAAGAACAAGAACAAACACGACUCAGUUCUGUCUGUCUUUGCAGAUGAGAAUGGCGACGAGAAGCUAUGGAGCUUCGAGUCGUCACCAGCAUGUCUCCCACCAGAGGCACCCAACCUCACAAAGUCGAGAAAGAAGCACCAACGCACUCAAUCGUACAAGAGCAACCCCGACAGCGAGCAAGCAGAUCAGCACAUCGCCUACCUUGAAUCAGAACUCGCCGCCUACCAGACACAGUUAGCAUCGUUGACUUCACCAUCAGUGACCAAAGAGAAGGGUCAAAAGAUCCGCCUGCUGAACCAAGACAUCAGAAGAUUAGAAGAGGAGAACCAGCGGUGGGAAGCCGAGUUUGACGAGAGGGUCCUGCAAGUCAUGGAAGAGCAUGAUGGUGUCGAAUACAACCUGCGUGCUAGAAUCAACCUCCUCGAAGCCGACAGCGACACGCACAUGCAAAAAGUUAAAGAACUACAAGCACAACUCGACGCCACGAGAAAAGCCCUGGAGAUUGCAGAAGCAGCCAAUGUCGAGUUUGAACGCAGACUAGAGACUUUCGCACACUUGCUAGUCACGUCGCCUAUCAAGACUGAGACGCCACUUGCUCAACCGCCUUUCUCCAAGGAAUCAAGAAGCACCCGUCAGAAGAGAUUGUCUUUCCACCGUUUCCCGACUGCUGGAUCCUUGUUUCAACAAGCUUCCAUGCCUGAGCAGCAGGAACCAGACGAAAACAGACCUCACAGCUCAGACGCCAUCGUCCACGACUACUUCGACAACCACACCAGCGAUGCCGAAUAUGAUGCCUCUAAGCGAGAAUCCUUCAUCAGCGACGCCUCCCGCAACAGUAUCGAUUUCAGCCUCUUGCUCUCCCAAGACCCUCCUGCCUCUUCUUCUCGCGCAUCCGCUCGCCCCAAUCGAAGAAUGAGAAGAUUCCAGGGAGGAAGUCAUUUGCCCAAACCGUUGAUCUUGUCGGCUGCGCAAUUGGCGCCUAUUCUUGCUACCGCACCCGUCAUGGAACCACAUGAAUCUCCUAGGCAUUUUCCGUUCCCGGAUGUUGAUGUGAGGCCUAGGAGAAAUAGUUGGAGUGAUGUCAGUCCUGUCACUGGACGGAGAAGGGCGAGGACAACUGUGGAUGGUUUGGGUACAUCUUCUUUGCACACUUUCUCGACCAACAAUAAUGUCGAAUUUGAAAGCUCAUUACCAUCGACCAAAGAUGAAGACGACAAAACACCAACUCCUCCCCAAACGGCAACAGACUCCACACCGCGCGAUUACUCCUCCAUAGGACCCAAUCUAGGCCGCAACCUCCUCGAAGAACUUCACGCAGCAAGAAACGACGAUGAGACCGAAACUGCCUCCUCCGGCCCUACACCCUUCGCUUCUCUAAACGCCAGACCUGUGGAAGUAGCUUCUCACACGACCUCAAUACAACAACGCAACAUCUCCGGAAACUUGCGAUUGCGCCAUCAACGCAGUAUGUCCGAAGCCACCGGAUUAUCCCUGUAUCCACCUUCCCGUCAAGUUUCCUCCUCGCGCCCAUCACCCCCGAAACAAAAUGGUGUAUUAGCCCGGGUCAGAGAACUAUUGCGCUCCCCUUUUGCAAUCGCCAGACGAUGUGUGAGCAGAGCACAUCAAGCUUUCCUGCUCAGCAGAACAUUAAACAGAUUCCAAUGGAUGCUGCUACACGCGCUUCUCGGUCCCAUGGCGACCAGAAGAUUAAUGGCUUGUUCUUUGCAUGAAAAUGCCAUUCUUCUCAUGUCUUCACCCCACCGCAAAACCUGCAGCCAUCGCUCCUCUCGCUCUUCCUCCAGAAGUGCUGUAGAUCAAAAUGAUGAAGAGCGAGCUUUUGACGCGGAUUCUGAAGAUUUGGAAAUAUCGCCUUGUCCUUCUCGACGUAGGAAAAUUCCUUCUGCUUCUGCUUCUGCUGCUGCGUGUACGUUUGAAGAUGAAAGAAGACAGAGGAGAGAACAGGAAGCGCCCAUGUUGAGCAGGCAUUCUCCAUGGCUGUGGGUGAGAUUUUCUCUGACACUGGCAUUUGCCGUCGCGGCGGCUGUUAGAGAGGGUCCGGCGGCUUUGAUGAUGGAAUGUCAGGGGGAAGGACCUGGAAGGUGUGGGUGUUUGGGGUGUAUGGGCAAGCAAUUGAGGGGGUGUAGGGAUGAGUGAUGGAAAGAGAUUGGUGUGGUGAUGUGUGAAGGGUUUGGGACUUUGUAUACAAGGAAUGGCGUUUAGGCAUACAAUACAUACAUACACCCAUGGGUAGAUGUGGAAG